CAGCUCAAAUCUCGACCAGGAAAGAAAAGGAGAGAAACCAACACAACACAAAGAGAACAUAUCAAGCAACAUCCUUAUUGUUAUUUCAUGUGCAUGCUAAAAGUGGCGAAUUCAUCAGGGAAGCCUAGUAAUACUAGCAGCGAGUAUGUUGGUUAUAACACAAACAUGCAACAGCAAGCUGGUGGUGGAACAAAUGAUCAAGGUAGAAUAAGAAGAGUUGGAUCAAAUCAAAGACAGCAGCAGCAGCAAGAUUACGGAACCGAAUCGGCGGGUAUGACGAUGUUUUCUGAGAAUUAUAGUAAUACAAGAGAGAUGUCAGCCAUGGUAUCAGCUUUAACACAAGUAGUUUCAGGAACAACUGGUGAUCAUCAUCAUUGGCUUAAUAAUUAUGGUUCACCAACGUCUGAUUUGAGUGGCCAUCUUAUAAGCUCUACAUCAAAUAACAACAAUACUAAUACUGUUUCUGUUUCAUCACCAUCUUCUUCUUCAUAUUCUUCUAAUACUUCUUGGGGUGGUAAUACUACUACUACUCCAACCCAUCAUGGUGGACUAAAAAGAGAAAGAGAAGAUGAUCACCAUCAGAUUAAUAUUAAUAGCAGUGCUGGUCAUAGAGGCGGCAACGGUGGCGGUGGUGAUGGUGGGAUGAUAAGAUCAAAUUUUAGAGGUGGUUUCAUUGCUGACUUCAAAUCUUCACCUGGAGAAUCAUCCUCGGGCAAAUCAGGAUCACCAGAUGGUCCAAGCAAUACUACAACAACAAACAUUGUAACUAGUACGGAUCAGACAACAACAACAACAUCAUCAAGUACACCAAGAGCAGAAGAUCAGCAACAAAAUAAUCCUGCAGAAGAAGUAGUAGUUGAGAGAAGAAGAAGAUACAGGGGAGUAAGACAAAGGCCAUGGGGGAAAUGGGCAGCUGAAAUCAGAGAUCCACAUAAAGCAGCUAGAGUAUGGUUAGGUACAUUUGAUACAGCUGAAUCAGCUGCUAGAGCAUAUGAUGAAGCUGCUCUUAGAUUUAGAGGUAACAGAGCUAAACUUAAUUUCCCUGAAAAUGUUUCAUUAAGACCAACAAUUUCUGUAUCUCCAACAACUCAUUUCUCUUCAGUUUCUGAUUCUCCAGUUCUCCAAAAUCAAUCAUCUAAUUCUUCUACUUUCAUACAAUCUCCAUUGGGUUUACACCAUUUACAGAGUAGUAGCUCUGAUAUUAACAGAGAUUUUAUUCAAUAUACACAAUUACUUCAGAAUUCCGAGAACAACCCUUUCUUUCAAAUUCAACAAUUACAAACAAAUCCAUAUGAACAAAUGUUAUAUCCUUCUCAAUCAUCUUUUCCUUUUCAAUCUUCUUCUACUUCGAGUUCUAUUCCUUAUUCUGUUUUUCAAACAAAUGAUCAACAUUCGGGUUAUUUCAGGCAACCUGAAAAUCAAAGUCAGGGUGGUGGUGGUGGUAAUGGGUCAGAUUAUCCGACUUAUUCAUGGAUGAAUUCUAGUCAUUAUGCACCACCGCCACCACCGCCUCCUAGUUAAAUCGGAUGGAUAUUUUUUGUUUUUGAGUUUUUAUUAUAUCGUUCUGAACUGAUUUAACCAGACACUGUAUGGGAUAAACGUUUGUUGGUUCCAUUUGUAGAAGUGCUUGGCUUUAUCAUUUUUUUACUUGGUUUUUGUAAUUCUUUUUGUUUUGGACUAAUUUUCUUCCCAUUCAUCUGAUAAAGAUGAGAAAAGAGAAACAGAUAAAGAUUAGGGUUUUGUACUUUCUUGUUAUUACAUAUAAUCGAAGUAGUAAAGGUUUUUUGAGUUU